UGGGCAUGAAGGAACAUGUCACCUUGUCCAGCACUGAUGUGUUUUCAAUAGUUUCUGGAUAACAAAGGAGCUCUUUGGCACAGAGGAAGAAGCUGUUUGUUUGAUCUCCUCGGGGGAUUUGUUUAAAUGAAGUUAAAGAGAAUCUUACCCUUAACUUUAGAAAUGUGUCAGUAGGGAAGAGGGAGGAAAGGAAAGGAAAGGGAGGAAGUGAGUGUGUGAGAGAGGGAGGGAGGGCAUUCAUUUUCAGCAGGAGGGGCGUGAGUGAACAUCACUGGAACAUCUGUAGAGAAGUCAGACUACUGGACUUAUCGGACCCCGAAGCCGCCUCGCGUUGAUGCUCCUAGUGGACCUUCCACCAGAACCCGGCUCUCUCCUCCUGUUGCUGUCAGAUAGUUACCAGCCUUAGAAUCUGGGGGGGGGGUCCGGACCCUGAGCUGCGCUUUGCGGUGAGCGGUAUGGUGCUGGGGCAAAGGUCCCUCUUCCUGCUGGUGCACCAGUUUAAGUCUGGAUGCUCUGUGGAGGUCAUCAAGGGGAACAGCAGCAACAUGGGGAAACAGGUGGAGGAGCCCGGCACCAAGCGCAGCAAGCUGGUCUCCAGGGUGACGUCACUGGCCAACCUGCUGCCGCCCGUCAAGGCCGCGCCGCUGAAGAGGAUCGGCCAGACGCUGCAGCGCUCCAUCACUUUCCGUAAUGAGAGUCAGAUGGAGAGAGAGGCACCUUCUCCUCCUCCUCCUCCUGCCUCCUCCUCCUCCUCCUCUUCCUCAUCCACAAUAAAGAGACGUGUUAUCUCGGCGACUCUCUCCAACCCCUCCUCCUCCUCAAUGAACGCGGCGCGGGUUGCCACGGCAACGGCCCCGGCCUCCAAGCGCCGGGACAGCAAGCUCUGGAGCGAGACGUUCGACGUCCGACUGGGAGCGACUCAGCCUCUGAGCCCCAAAGAGAUAAAACGACAAGAGGCUAUAUUUGAGUUGGCUCAGGGCGAGCAGGACCUGGUGGAGGAUCUCAAGUUGGCUAAAAAGGCCUACCAUGACCCGAUGCUGAAGCUGUCAAUCAUGACGGAGCAUGAGCUGAACCAGAUCUUUGGUACCCUGGACUCGCUGAUACCCCUGCAUGAAGAACUGCUGAGUCGCCUGCGGGACGCCAGGAAGCCCGACGGCUCCACGGAACACGUGGGACGCAUCCUGACCGGCUGGCUCCCCGGUCUCUCCCGCUACACCUCGUACUGCAGCAACCAGGUGAAGGCCAAGGCCCUGCUGGACCAGAAGAAGCAGGAUCGGCGGGUGCAGGACUUCCUGCAGCGCUGCCUCCAGUCGCCCUUCAGCAGGAAGUUGGACCUGUGGAACUUCUUGGACAUCCCCCGCAGCCGGCUGGUGAAAUACCCGCUGCUGCUGCGGGAGAUCCUGAAGCACACGGCCAACGAGCACCCGGACCGCCAGCACCUCGACGAGGCGAUGUUGAUGGUUCAGAGCGUGGUGGCGGACAUCAACAGGCGGACGGGAGAGUCCGAGUGUCAGUACUACAAAGACCGCCUGCUGUACUCGGGGGAUGGACAGAGGGACGAGCUCAUCGCCCGGUCCAGGACCCUCACCUGCCACGGAGAACUGAAGAACAACAGAGGCCUCAAGCUGCACGUCUUCCUCUUCCAGGACGUCCUCGUCAUCACCAGGUCCGCAUCGCUGAACGACCAGCCGGCCGGCUACCAGCUGUGCCGCCUGCCGAUCCCCAUCCGGCAGCUGGACCUGGAGGACCUGUUGGACGGAGAGAUGAGAGUGGGGGGGUCCAUCCGAGGAGCCUUCAGCAACAACGAGCGCACGAAGAACUUUUUCCGUGUUUCGGACCGGACGGGCGGCCCCCUGCAGAGCCACUGCUUCCAGGCCAGCGACGCCUUCAACAAGCAGCAGUGGAUCAACUGCAUCAGACAGGCCAAGGAGGCCGCGGCGCUGACCGGGGACCAGCCUCCGCCGACGGGAGCCUGUCCGGAGACGGGCCCGGCAGGACGGAUCGGGCCGCUCGGCGAGACGGGCCGGAGCUCGUGCGGCGAUCUGGGGCUCGAGGGCGAAAAGGGGACGCGGGGGGGGACGGAAACGGGCCCAGGUCCUCAAGGAGAGGCCGGAGACGGGGGCCUCGGCUCGGGGGGAGACGCCGGAGGGAGCUUGGCGUGUGCGGGUGUGGGGACGGAGGCUGAGACGAGGCCGGCGCUCCGUGAGACGGGUGGGACGGAGACGGGUUGGAUGGAGACGGGUGGGACGGAGACGGGGCGGGACGGGGAGCGAGCAGCCGGCGAGACGGACGGAGGGGGGGGGGCUCUCGGCGGAGCUGCCCACGGCGAUCCCGCCUCCCCUCUCUCCUCCGCCUCCCCCUGCCCAGAGGAGCCUGAGGGGGAGCCGACGGAGGAGGGGCGGAGCGGCGCCGACGAGGUUGUCAUGGAUACCAUGGAUGCCAGGUGCUGAUGCAACUCGGGGACUCGAUGACGACGUCAACAAGCACAUUAUUCUAAACCCAAUCGACCCAAUGACUCAGGUUCCAAUAACGCAGAGGCUCCCGCGUUGCUGUAGUUACGUUGUUAUGUGCGAUCCGCUGGUCACGUGGUCACUGACAUCACCUCACAGCCCAACUUGGUUCCUCUGGAUUUGACCUGGUUUGAGCCCCGUGUUCAUUGAUUUAUCAUCACUAUCAUUUAUUCAUUUAGCUCACGUGUCUUUGUGUGCCAUUUGAGGGGGUCUUCAUUAUUUAGGUGCAGUCAAAGGAUUCUUUGCUCUCCAGCGAUUGUCUUAACUUGUUCUGCCUCUGGAAGAUCUUCAAGUUAUUUCGAACAACUUUAAAUAAUGUCUUAAAAUGUGUUGCUGUGUCAGAAAGCACUGGAGUAAACUGAGCUGUCCUGAUGGAUUCUCAACAAACGUCUACGUUCACAAGGAUUCAUACAACCAGCAAAUGUGAAUGUCUCCCAAACAUCUCCUAUUUAGAAACCUUCAUAGUUUGGCAUGGCUGAAACUUAGCAUUCCAAAUGCAACAAACGCAUAUUUGAGGAAUUCUCUGUUGCAACUUGUAGUCGUUACUCUGAAGCUGCUUCAGUGUUUAGUCUGAGGAGGGGGAGGAGGAGCCUGUGGGGUAUGUACUGUAUGUAAAGAAUGUAUAUUAACUUUAUUUGUAUAUAAAUGUAGGAACAAAGCCAUGCAUGUCUGUUUGUUAAACAUGUGCUUGCACAUUACACAUGAAAUAUGACAAUAUUGGUUAGAUAUUAGGAAAUGACCAUGGUCAAGUGUUUUUAUUUUCACAACCAAAACAUCAAUAAAUUGUUACA